AUGGCCUCCUUCCUACGCCUUCCAUCGCGCCUACACACACCAAUCUCCUCUCUCCCUCUCCGUCGCAAUGCGAUCGGUUCCCUCAGCCAACGAACCUACGUCCACGAUACGUCGCAAAAAUUCUCUCAAGCCAACGAACACGAUCCACAAGAAGAUUGCGACCGUGAGAACACUCCCAACCACCCGAUCCCUUCGAACAAAGCCCACCCCACGCUCCGCGACGGCAGACAGUCUAAUCUAGCGGACAUGGAGGGAAAGAGGCACGAGGAUCUACCGGAAGACGUGAGGAAGCAUAAUGAGGAAAUGGAGCAUCGGUAUGACCGGGCCUAUAACCAUAUCGCAGACGAGGGGAAGGUGGAGAAGGCGUUUGAGCAAAAAUAA